AUGAGUGCACAAUAUACCCGCGACCACUGUAAACUGGCGGUGGCCAAAAUUUUACAGACCAUAGGAUGGCACUCAAUCAAUUCCACACCUUUGGAGGUGUUAACGGACAUUAUGGCCAACUACAUACGUCAAUUGGCUAAAAUAACAAAUGACUACUCCAAUGAGUUUGGUCAGACAGACGCGAAUUUGGACCAUUUAGGACUGGCAUUUCAGGAAAUGGGCUUAAACAUUAGCGAAAUAGAGGAAUACGUUACGUUUGUAAAUUUUAUGCCUCCACCUGCCACGGUGCCCAAAUAUCCGUUACCGAAAGAGAGCAAUCUAAAUUUUUUAAAACCUGGUAGCAAGGAGGUGGUUACCAGGCCCAUAUACAUAAAUGAACAUCUACCGCCCAUGUAUCCAUUGCUCGAGGAACCGGAGAGCGAUCCCUCCAGUCAGGCAGUGAAAAAGGAACCAGUAGUAGAUGAAUCCCCAGAAUUUAAAAAGCCUGCAGACUUCUCAGCAAAUCCAGAGUUCAAACGGCCGAAGCGUGAGGAAGAAGGAAGCAGACCAACCCGAGAGAUAAGCAGUGUUAUGAUGACUACAUCUGGGUUCCUUUCUCCUGCCAGAGAAGGUAAGUUGCCGGAGGCUAAAGCUCCGGCACCGCUUCCGGAACCUGUAAAACCUCCAUCUCCCGCGCCUCCGCCAGCCGAGGCUGUUAUUGUCAAGAAGAAAGUGGAGAAGAAAAAAGACAAGUUGCCUAGGGAGCUUUUCAAACCUUUGGGUGAUGAAAAGCCAGUAAAGAGGAAUAGUGGAAAGGAUGGACCUAAAGGGAAGCAAAAAAUUAACCCCAUGCAUGUGGGCGGGGUACAGCCAAUAUCUGUACAUCCUCAACUUGUUAUGAACCCGCAUCAUCAUUCAGUGCCGCCCAUGCCGCCUGUUAGUAAAGUUGACGUCUCGAAGCAAAUCUUCAACAAGACUUUAGCCGCAGCCAAAGCAAAAACUGAAAAAUUAAACACCACCAUAACUCCUAUACCUAUCAAAACCGAGACUGCCCAGUUUCAGAUGCCAAUGCAUACUCAGAUUGAUAAAUUGUUUAAUGAACCUGACAAAAAGAAAAUCAAUAUUCUAAAAAAGAUAUCCAACGUUAAAGACAAACCUUCAAGGCCUACAGCAAUACCACACGUCCACGACCCGAACGAUAUUGUCAAUAAAAUUAACUUGUCGGGUGAUAUAACUAUCGAACCCAUAAAUCCUUUGCCUCUGAAGCACAGUCCCAAAGUAGAGUGUUACUUUGAUAAUGGAUCUCCUCCCGUGACUCCACCUACGCCCAGAACCCCAGAACUUUUAAAGCACAGUCCUCCUCUGGUUAAGGAACGAAGGAAGCGGAAAGACAAAGCCCGAGUAAAGAAACUCAGAAAGCAACCGAAUUUCUUAGACGCAGAUCUGGUUAAUUUAGCUUUGGAUCAAAGGCCCAAAACGCCAGAACCACACAUGUUGGCCAGACAGGCAGGGCAUUUUAACUCCAUGGGUGGUCCACCAAUGCCAUUUCCUUUCCCGUUAGCGAAUUUUGGUGGCCCAGGUUUGAUACCACCACCGUUAGGCACUCACCUUUUUCCGUUUUCUUCCUUGUCUAAUUUCAGCAAGAAUAAUUACUUUAAUCCUAUUCCCCCCCAAAUGGAACCUGUGCCGAAACUAUCUCCCAAAGCGAAACCUGCGCCUAAGGCUGAACCUGCAGAAAUUGUGCCUAUUCCGCCAACACAGGCCCCUGCAAAACCGGAGCCUCCACUAGAACCCGCGGUACUGAUGGACGUUGAGGCCGCGGAACCUGUUCCAGAGUUUUCCAAAAGGUCCAAAGAUCACAAGAAAGAGAAAAAGGAAAAGAUAAAAAAGAAAAAUAAAAAGGAAAAAGUGAAAGAUAAAAUAGAGAAGAAGAAAAUUAAGGAAGCGAAGAAGGUGAAGGACAAAAUUAAGAAAGAAAAGAAAAAGAAAGAACCUAAAGAAGGCGAAAUCCCCAUACCCAAAAUUUUGCUAAAAGUCAAUUCUCCAUCUCCUAGACCGGAAACACCUGAAACAAUGAAAAAGCUCAAUAUAAAACCUAUAAUCAAGAAGGAGGAUGAAUCUACUUCAUUUGAAAGAAAACGCGAACCCUCUCCAGGCCUGGCUAAGAUCUCCGCCUUGGUUACCGGACCUCCCAAGCAGAAGAACCCUUCACCCGUACAGCAUUCUGUACCUGCUGAAGUCCUUCCUGCUCCUGCAACAAUGCCUAGGCCACCCGGUAGACCCAGGAUACAUCCGUUGAAACCGAAACCGUUGCCCAAGCCGAAGAAAGUUGAACAACCCUUUGUGAAAAAGGACGCAGACGGAAACGAAGUCUGGAUAUGUCCCGCAUGUGGUCAGCAGGACGACGGCCGGCCAAUGAUUGGUUGUGAUGGCUGCGAUGCCUGGUACCACUGGGUGUGCGUAGGUAUUCAAGUGCCUCCCGAUGAGAAUGAGAACUGGUAUUGCAAACCAUGUCUGUGCAAGAAAAAUGAAGAUUUGCAGGAUAAGAAGAAAAAAAGAAAGAAGAAAGAGAAAAAGGAGCAUUAGGUGGACUUCCGUGGCACUUUAUUCUGAACUUUUAGCGCUAUGGUUAUUUACUUUUUUUGGUAAAUUUAUUUUUGUAAUGUAUGUAAUUGUAUUUGUCAUGCUGGGAAUAUAUUUAACUCAAAAAGAGUUUAGAAAAUUAAGGAAAAUAAUAUAAAUUAAAGUUUUUUAAAGUUUUAUUUACUACAUAAUAUAUUGAAUAUACACUC